CCCUUCAUAAUAUGAAAGGAAGCCGUGUGUGGCUUUGGAACCAGAGGAAAUCCCAAAUCCUUGAUCAAACUCCACACGAAGCUAGCUGCUACCGAUUGUUGCAUUUGAAAACUGAGCUAGCUUCUAAACACGACAGCAGCUGUUUUGCUUGAACAAUAUCUGACGUCAAGCUGGAGGAGUGUCGAAAGCGUAUUCGUUCACAGCUGGACAGCGUGGUGGACUUCUGGCUUAAAUACUCUCAUGACACUGUGGAUGGAGGCUUCUUCACGUGUCUUGGGAGGGAUGGAAGUGUUUAUGAUAAACAGAAGUACGUCUGGCUGCAGGGCAGACAGGUGUGGAUGUAUUGUCGGCUGUACCGAACCAUGGAUCGUUUCCACAAGCCUGAAAUCCUUGUAGCAGCAAAAGCUGGAGGUGAAUUCCUGAGAAAGUUUGCUCGUGUGUCCAGGGACAGUGGUAAGUGGAAAUGUGCCUUCUGCUUAACAAGCGAUGGUAAAGCAGUCAAAGUUCAGAGGACCAUCUUCAGUGAGUGUUUCUACAUUAUGGCCAUGGACGAACUCAGCAGGGUCACCGGUGACAAGGACAUGCAGCUUGAGGCUGAGCAGAUGAUGGAGCAGCUGAUCUACUGGGUCCAGGUGGACUCUUCAGGCCUGGGCCGGCCCCAGCUUCCAGGAGACGUUCCCACCAACAGCAUGGCAGUUCCCAUGAUGCUGUUGUGUUUAGUGCAGCAGCUAACUGAAGGUCGGGGUCAGGACGUGGUUCAGAAGUACAAAGAAGUGGAACAGUGGUGUGUGCAGCAAAUUCUACAUCAUGUCCAGAGAGCUGGGACGGCUAUUUUAGAGAAUGUUUCAGUAGACGGGACGGAGCUGCCGGGUUGUUCAGGACGAGUUCAGAAUCCAGGUCAUGCCCUGGAAGCGGGCUGGUUCCUGCUUCAGUACAGUGCAGAGCGCGGCGAUGAGAAGAUCCAGGAAACUGCCAUCAACAAGUUUAUGGAGCUCCCUUUUCAGUGUGGCUGGGAUGAAAAGCACGGUGGUCUCUUCUACUUCCUGGAUGUGGAUGGUCACUGCCCCACACAGCUGGAGUGGAGUAUGAAGCUGUGGUGGCCUCACUGUGAGGCUCUCAUUGCCUUCCUCAUGGCCUACAGUCAGACCAAGAAGCCUGAGCUGCUGGAGAGGUUCUUUCAAGUUUAUGACUACACUUUCACCCAUUUCCCUGAUGCUCAGAGUGGUGGGUGGUUUGGCUAUUUGACACAAGAAGGGAAAGUCGCACUGGAUUUUAUUGGAGGCCCAUUUAAAGGGUUCUUCCAUGUGCCUCGCUGCCUGUACAUGUGUGAGCGUAUUCUGGACGAUCUGCUGGCAAACAAAGACAGAACAGUCUGAUGGGAAUGUUCUGAUAAAGGGAUCUAGUCUGACCUGUGGGUCUUUGGACUAAACCACAAGUAAUCAGCAUGCAAAGCAUAAUUGCACAAACUUUUAAGCAUAGGCCACUGUAAAGCAGUUUUAUCUGGUCGCUCAUGAAAUUUAUUGGGAAAUUGCGUUACAAUACCACUACAUAAAAAAGUGUCCUUCUUUACAUAUCUUCUGGCCAUCAGGGACAAUUUGCACUUGAGGUAAGAUGCUUUCCUGGGCAGAUAAAAUCAUGUUUUUCUGAUUCUACACCUGCCUAAUAUCUUGUUUUUUUUUCUCCCAAAGUUAGAUCGCCUGCUGUUUGUUAAGUUUGUACUGUAGAUUUCUCUGGUUUGUGGCUGAAAUGUUCAACAGACUUUAAAUAAUAAUGUUUCAGGUGUCAGCUAUGAGAGCUGACAGGCUUUAACAGUCACACUGCCGUCUAUAUGCAUUUUAGAUUUACCAGUUUGUUUUCUCUUGCUUAGCAAGAGGUGUGACCUUUGGUGAGGCAAAAACAUUACCACUAAAAACAAAUGUAUGUUUAAUAUGUGGCUUCUCUAUGCAUACUUUAAAUACUUUUUAUUGUCUCAUCCUAAUCGUUCCACUAAUCGUUCCACUUUAUGACAACUUUACCAGUUUUUUUUUAAAGCGUCUGUUUUUCUAGCAUAUUGAUGAUCAAGUCCAAGUUAAAAUUACAUGCCAGUAAAUGAACUGUAUAUUGAAAUAUGACAACUGAUGAUUAAAUGUUCAGUGUGAUGCAUACAAAUUAUUUCAUUGAAUUCAUGUUUUAAUGGCAUUGAAGCUUCAGAUAUGACAACAGGUGACUGAUAUGUGAAGCCAGUGCUCCUAGAAAACAAGGUUUGGUAGUGAGGAGCUGAUCUACUUCAAUAUACAGCAGAAGUCAGUUAAGGAGUUAUUUUCACUUUCAGUUUAAGACUGCACAAAGUUUAUUGUUCAUUUUGGCCAGUUGGGGGCAGAACUCAAAUAUAAAGCUGAAAACCUCACAUGUAACACUUUAUAGAGGGUGAUAUACUUGCUAUAAAAUAGUUUUUUUUUUUUUUUAACCCUGCCAAGGAAUGCAGAGGAGUUACAGUUUUGAGACAGGUUCUCAUUCAUUUGAAUGAGAACCCGUUUCACAACUUUUGACAGGGGGUGAAUGUGACGGUCGGAGUUGGUUUGUGUGUCUGUUUGUCUGUUUGCAACAUUACUCGAAAACGGACAACCAUCCAUCCAUUGUCUAUACACCGCUUUAUCCUCACUAGGGUCACGGGGGUGCUGGAGCCUAUCCCAGCUGACUCGGGCGAACCCUGGACAGGUCGAACGGACAAACAGAUUUGGAUUAAAUUUUCAGGGAAGCUCAGAAAUGAUACAAGCACCACCUGAGUAGAUUUUGGCAGUCAUGCAGCUUAUAGUCUGGAUCCACAGAUUUGUUAAAGAUUUCUGUAUCAUUGUGAGAUAGCAGUGGGUUAGAGCAGCUGUGGCCCUAUCAGUAACUGAAUUAGAUCGGUCAAGUGUGUCCAGCUGCAGCCUCAGACUGUAGAGUUGCAGGUCCCACUUGGAAACAAUGCUACAGUGACUGAGGAAGACAGGACACCACAACAUCUUCUACAACUAGAAUAGUAAUGCACUCUGUGACUCUUUUUUUGUGGCUAUCAUAAUGGAGGCACAAAAAAAAUCAUUAUCUAUGCACCGCUUAAUCUUCAUUAGGGUCCCAGCUGACUGAGGGUGAAGGCAGGAGACACCUGGACAGGUCACCAGGCUAUCACAGGGUUACUUAUAGAGACAAACAAUCACACUCACAUUCACACCUAUGAACAAUUUGGAAUUAUCAAUUAACUUCAGCGUGUCAAACUGGGGAUCUUCUACCUGUAAGGCGAAAGUGCUCACCACCAAUCCACUCCCAUACUGUUCUUCAUAGUUAUUUUAAAACUGCUUAUGAAAGACUACAGGCUCUUGCUUUGAAAUAUUGAAUUCCACACACAUAGGAUUGAGAUCAACAAAUGCAUUUUGAGUCACUAACAGAAAAACGUUAUUUACAGUCACAGGACACCCAUGUGAAGGACCUGACCAAAUAUUUUCCCUCCCCAUUUGAGAAAUAUUAGUAAACAGAGAUUUGUAGUUACAACUGUUGAGCUGGAGGUGAUUAUACAUACUUUUAUCUCAGCUCACAUUGACUGCUGUAAUGCACUUUUUAUCCCCCACCGCCCGUAGGCACGGAGGGGGAUAUUGGCGUGGGCACGUCCGUCCGUCCGUAUGUCCGUACGUACGUCCACAUUUCGUUUCCGGAGCAUAUCUCAGAAACUACUUGAGGGAUUUCAUUCAUAUUGCACCCAGGCCAUCUCUAUAUAGUAUAGAUGUGCCUUUUGGGGUGUAUGACCUUGACCUGAUUUUCAAGGUCAUUGUGAGGCACUUCAAAUAUUUUUUUGUUUCCGGAGCAUAUCUGAGAAACCAGUUGAAGGUUUUCCUUCAUAUUGCACACACUAAGCCUGUUAGUAAUGGAGAUGUGCUUUUUCGGGUGCAUGACCUUGACCUUAUUUUCAAGGUCAUUGUGAGGCACUUCAAAUAUUUUUUGAUUCUGUUUCUGGAGCGUAUGUCAGAAACUACCUGAAGGAUUUCAUGCACAUUGCACCAACGCCACCUGUGCAUAAUGUAGAUCUGCCUUUUUUGGUGUAUGACCUUGACCUGAUUGUUUUUGUUGUAGUGAAGAUGUAUCAUUUUGUAGGUGUAUCGUCCAGUAUAUAUUAUUAUUUCUUGCACUUAGAGGCACUAUAUAUAAGGCGGGGGAUGUUUUAAGCGGAGCGUGUUUAUUUCCUCUCUUAGUAUUUCUGCUCUAAAUCAUCUGAUCCCUUCACUGGCUCCCUGAGUAGUUAAUUGUUUUUUAUUUUACAUAUGAGAUACUGUCCAACUUAGAGGGACUACUGUAAGGCUGUACACUAUUUAAAUACGUGACAUUGCACAGGGUGUGCUCAUUUCAGUUGUACAUUCCUAAACUUUUGGUGAUGCUGCAACUCUGGUUUUGAGGCUAAUUUCUCAGAAUAUUUGAAUAGUUCAUUAGAAUUUUUGGACCCUUUUUCACUGCACCAAAACAGUAAUAAAUUCGAUGACCAGACUGUACAUCAGUAACAUCAGGAGGAUAAAAAUAUCUUCUUGCUUCAUGCUUGGACUGUUUGACUGCUGGCUUUUGGAAAUGACCAAACAUCAUCCUCUUAUUAAGAGAUUAAAACUUGUAGGGACUGAAACACCAGAAUACACACCGGCAGUGAUUCUUUCCUUCAGUCAAGGCACAAACACGUACACAUUUUUGGAUUUAAUUUAUUAAGGUGACAAUUCCUAUAUUACACAUCUUUAAUUUACAUCAGAAAUUAAACAGGAAAAGAAAAUAGAGUGUUACCAUAAACCUCUUAUUAAAACCUUUCUUUUACAAAAGAAAAUUUGUUAUUGACACCAUUUACAGAUUCUUUUCAUAUACAGGAGAGUGACAGUGGUUUAGUUUGACGUGGAGGAUCCUUCAAACAAGAUUAAAAAAAACACACAAAAAAAGAGCGGUGAAUUAUGAUAUUUACAUAAUUGCUUAACUAAUAUAUCCCCAAGAUCUUAAUGUGUGAACGACCCAAACAAGAUUAAAACAGCAUCCUGCAUCGGGGUAACAAUCUUAGGCAAAACUGUAAAUAGGCAACUUUACCAAUCACCAGCAUACAUUCAUUAUUUUAACUUUGUCUCAGUAGUUGCUAUGGAAACAGGCUUCCACACUGGGCAGGUCCUUGGAAGAAGAAAAAAGAAAAGA